AUGCUAUUCCUUGUUGCUGAUACAAUCAAAUUCCUGCUGUUGGCGAUUGAUGAGGCCUUCUGGCCGCGCAAGUUGUCUGCCUUCACCACGGAUAGUGAGGCAAAACUCCACACUCGCACGGAUUACCUAAAGAUGCGGCUAAAUUCGUUGCGCUAUCGGCUGCUGGUAACGGAGGAUCAUCGGAACGAGAAACUGAAUUUGAGAUAUCAGAAUAUUGCACACGAUCUGUGGCUAUAUGGGAAGUAUUUCUUCCUACUGAUGUGCCUGGUGCUGGUGACCCAAGACGAAUUGCUCUACUUCAAUAGCAACGUACUGAAUGACUUUUUUAUGAACAAUCACACGUACACCAUGGGACUGAAACAUGUGAAUAGACUCGAUCAACUCUAUCCGUUCAUUGAGAUCUCACUUGUGAAGGCCUUCGAAACGAAUGCCACCAACAUAGGAAAUCUUCAUAUUUUGUAUGGCGAUCACACUAGCAUGUUGGGAGUGGUGCGACUGCGUCAGCUGCGCAGAAAAGAAAAUUCGCACACGGGCUGGAAACCAGUCGAGUUUUCAAGUCUCGACUAUAAGCCCAAAUGGAAGUUACCUUAUGAACGAAUAUCAUACACAGACAAAUAUUGGCGCAUCUAUGAGCCCUGGCUGCCCAUUAGUCCGACUUACAGUAGAACCGAUAAGUUUUUUUUCAACUAUAACUAUCCCGGUUAUUUACAGAGCUAUCCGGAGAUGGAGGGCUAUGUAACACUGCUCUCAAACAGCUAUGACAAUAGUAUGAGGGUGAUUGAAUACCUCCAGGAGAAGCAUUGGCUUACGUGGAAAACAACGGCAGUUUUCAUGGAUUUUACUCUCUUCAAUGCCGAUGCGAAUAUCUUCACCAUAUGCACUUUACUCGUGGAACAAACGCCCUUUGGGACUAUUCUGUCCAACGCAAGGAUAAUCAGUGCAAAACUGCAUUUCGUUGCGCAGCUGGGAAAAGGUGGCCUCAUCGUACUGAUCAUCUACAUAAUUGUGGUCAUACAAUUCUUCAAGGCUUUGGUUAUGGUGAUAUGGUAUGAGCCGAUCAAGCUGCGCAGCAUGUGGACCAAGUUGGAUUUGAUUAUCUUUGUGCUCAACAUCACAGUGAUUAUUCUAGUAAGCGUACAGGAAUUUAUGGUAUCGCAGCUGCUUGCAAAGGUCGAGAGUUCCAGCAAACUCGAGUUUCUUGACUUCCGUAUGCCUACCCGCCUGCAUGAAUGGACCCGCAACAUGCUUGGCUUUCUUGUCUGCCUUACCACCAUGCGUUUGUGGCGUGUGCUGCAGUUUGCCAGCGUCUUUCAACUAUUCGCUUCCACGUUGUACUCAGCGUGGCAGGCGCUGGCUAUGGCAUCUCGAAAUUCAUCGGUGUCCUUGGUCAGGUUUGAUUCGAGCUCCUGUGCGCAAGAAUCUGCCCCAGGCACUCCGCCCAUCAGCUACGCAACUCCGGGAUCUCAGUCUGCCCGCCAGAUAUUCCGUCCAGCACACCAGCUGCUCACCAUGACUAGCGGUUUCCUUGUUCCCAAAGGAACCUGCCUCUAG